AUGGAAGUGGUGGAGGCCGCUGCCGCUCAGUUGGAAACUCUGAAAUUUAAUGGCACCAGUUUGGGAGAUAGCCAGGGUCAGGCGGUGCUGUCUCCGAGCUGUGUACCUGUACCAGACCCUCGGCCGCCACCACAGUCGGGUGAGCGGUCCCCGGACACCGGGCAGGCCGCGGAGGCUCAGCCUGCAGAGGAACAGCCGCCUGAACUCGCGCCGCAAUCAAGGCCAGAACCUCCACAGGGAGGGAACUGCGUCACCGGCUCGGGCUCCGCAGAGCAGGCGCCGACCCCAGACUCUCUAGAGACCUCGGACUCGGAUUCAGACUCGGACAGUGACACAGAUUCAGAUAGUUCAAGCUCCUCCUCGUCCUCAUCAUCUUCCUCAUCAUCGUCCUCUCGUCUGUCACUUCCUCCACUGCUGUCAGAUGGAGAAGAUGAUUUACAAGUUGAGAAGGAAAAUAAGAAUUUCCCUCUUAAAACAAAAGAUGAGUUACUCCUUAACGAACUACCUUCUGUUGAAGAACUCACUAUUAUCCUGCCUGAAGAUAUUGAAUUAAAGCCUCUUGGGAUGGUUUCAAGUAUUAUUGAGCAAUUAGUAAUAAUUGAAUCCAUGACUAACCUACCUCCGGUUAAUGAAGAGACUGUAAUUUUUAAAAGUGAUCGACAAGCAGCAGGAAAGAUAUUUGAGAUAUUUGGACCUGUUGCACAUCCAUUUUAUGUGUUACGUUUUAAUUCUUCAGAGCACAUUGAGAGUAAAGAUAUUAAAAUAAAGGAUACUAUGUAUUUUGCUCCAUCAAUGAAAGACUUCACCCAAUACAUAUUCACAGAAAAACUUAAACAGGAUAGGGGAUCAGAUGCGUCAUGGAAGAAUGAUCAGGAACCACCACCAGAAGCCUUAGAUUUCAGUGAUGAUGAAAAGGAAAAAGAAGCCAAACAGAGGAAAAAAUCUCAGAUUCAAGGCCGGAAAAAAUUCAAGUCUGAGUCUAAUGAAUCAAGUGAAAACUUUUCAGAAGUACAUCAGAAUUGGAAUGCUCAUAGCUCUGCUUCAGAGCACUCAAAAGGAUAUCGCAACAGAGAAUUCACACGAGGAUUUUCCCGGGGUAGAUAUCCUCGACCUUGCCAUGGCAGGCCUCCAUCACCACAGUUUUAUAACUCAGAACAGAUGGUGUUUCAGGAGACUUCAGGAUUUCCACCUCAGAGACCAGAUAAUACUAUCAUGCCACAGUAUCCUUUUCCUCCGCCGGUGUUUGACAUGCAUAAUUUUUCACUCCCUCCUCCUCUGCCACCACUGCCACCACCUCCACCGCCUGCAUCUGUAAACCUGGGUUGGGCUACACCAAACAUGGCACCUCAUCCAUUAAUUCCCUUACCAUACUCCAUCCCCCCACCCCCUCCCCCGCUGCCUCCACCUCCUUCUUCUGGAGAUAGUAAUUCUUCUCACUUUGGAUCCUACUACUAG